CGCGCGGGAUCCGACCUGCCCCGUCGCCGAAAGUGUGCUGCGUGGUUCCCCGGCCACUAGGCGGCGCGCGUGACCGCAGCAGCCCCGUGGGUCCUCCGGACCCAGCGAUGCCCGGUCACAAGGCUGGUGAAGUCCGCAGACACCGCUGACUCGGCGAUGUCCGGAGCGAAAGCCUGCACAGAGCGUAGAGAACGACUUUGAUAUAGCUCCAACCAUCCCCUAACCUGCUGAGUGAAGUAGCCAGUAGCGGCUGUAUUUAUUUAUUCAUUUUCAUUUUUUGUUUUUGUUUUUAAUUUCGGGUCGUAACACAAAGCAGUUGGGUGUUUGGAGAUAAAACAUUUAAUAUGACCAUGUAAGGAAUGAAUCACCUUUGAACGCGCUUCCUGACGCUGUCAAUAUCCAUCACAAUGCAGCUACUUCUACUCGCAGCGGCGCUGGUCUUUACGCGCGACCUGGCCGUGGCGGCGCGCUCCGGCCAGUGCGCCUCCCGGUGCGACGUGAGCCUGUGCCCGAGCCCCAGCUGUCCCGGCGGGUACGUCCCGGACCGGUGCGACUGCUGCCUGGUGUGCGCCCCGCGGGAGGGAGACCCCUGCGGACGCGAGGACGACCUGCCCUGCGGGGAUGGCCUGGAGUGCAGGAUGCCCGCCGCGGGGAGGCGGCGGGGCUCCCGGGGCGUCUGCCGGUGUAAGACGGAGCAGCGGGUGUGCGGAAGCGACGGGCAAACGUACGGUAAUGUGUGUAAGAUGAGGGUAGCCAGCCGCAAAGCCCGACAGAAGGGGAGACCAGAGGUUAGCCAAGCGCACAGAGGACCCUGUUCACCUUCAGGCGCAGGUUUUCCCUCGGUCCAUCCCAGCAGCCCUCGCUACAAGUUCAACUUCAUCGCCGAUGUAGUGGAGAAAAUAGCCCCCGCUGUUGUCCACAUUGAGCUGUUCGUGAGACAUCCUCUGUUUGGUCGCCACAUGCGUCUCUCCAGCGGCUCUGGUUUUAUUGUGACCCACUCAGGUGUGAUUGUGACCAACGCUCACGUUGUAACCAUAACUACCACGGUGACAGGGAGGCCCCAGCUACGUGUUCAGCUCCAUGAUGGCGACGCGUACGAGGCCGUGCUCAGAGAUAUAGACAGGAAGGCGGACAUCGCCACAAUCAAGGUCAAUCCUCAGAAGAGGCUUCCUGUGCUGUCUCUGGGCCACUCAGCUGAUCUGAGACCAGGGGAGUUCGUGGUUGCCAUCGGCAGCCCCUUCGCUCUGCAGAACACAGUGACCACCGGCAUCGUCAGUACAGCGCAGAGAGACGGCAAGGAGCUGGGCAUCAAAGAUUCAGACAUGGACUACAUCCAGACUGAUGCUAUUAUUAACUACGGCAAUUCUGGAGGACCUCUUGUUAACUUGGAUGGGGAGGUGAUAGGCAUCAACACUCUGAAAGUGACAGCAGGGAUCUCCUUCGCUAUACCCUCAGACAGGAUCAGCCGCUUCCUCGCAGACUCACAAACCAAACACAGCAAAGGUCAGGGGUCAAAGCUCGAACAGCACACAGAAAAGACAAGACUGCAAAGAAGCCGGACAGAGGAACAACAUUCUGAUGCAGAAGUGAAGAGGCGUUUCUUAGGCAUCAAGAUGCUCACAAUCACCAAAGAUCUAAUACCAGAGUUAAAACAGCAAAACCCAGACUUUCCUGAUGUCAGCAGUGGAGUGUUGGUGCAACAGGUCAUCCCUGACAGUGCAGCCGAAAAUGGAGGGAUUAAGGAAGGCGAUGUUAUAGCGAAGCUAAAUGGACAGCCAGUCGAGACCACUGAAGACAUUCACGAAGCGUUGCAAAGUGACCAGCCUCUCCUGCUGGAGAUUCACCGAGGCAAUGCUGACUUACUGUUCAACAUCCAGCCACAUGUCAUAGUCCAUUGAACAAGAAGACAGGUCAUUUGUUCUAAAUUUGAACAAAUGUUUGGCAACACAGUAUAGUGGCACUAAGAUGUCAUUUGGCCAUGGGCAAUGUACUGCAAGGAAUUAUGAAUAAGCUAUAUAUAGUAAUAUGAACUGGUGUGAAUAUGUUCAGUCCUGAUUUCUAAUUCAACACGAAAACAGAGCAUUUCCUGUCAACUUGUACCAGUCUGAUCUAUAUUUAGUUUAAUGGAUUUUUUUCUGAAUGAAAAUUUUUGGGUGUGUUUUGUCACAGAUUUUGUGUGGUCUAUGCAGUAGUUUUUACAAUACUCAAAAUACUGCAGAGGAAAAUGUAUUGCACUGUAGAUUGAGGGAGGCUCAUAGAGUUUCAGAAUAAAAGCCUCCAAAGAAGGAUCUGUACUGUGUGUAGGCCUACUUGUCUGUCCAGGCCGUUCGGCAGCUGUUGUCCAUCUGCACAAGAGGCAGGUUCGGCUCCUUUGUUUAUGUCUUCUCAUCCCACCUCCCUCCUCUCCGCCUGGAAACACGUUCUCUUAAUUUAAACAAACCUAAGCUGACAUCUAGACACACAGAGUACACACAGACCGAGCAAAGUCCUGUUACUGGAAAAGUCACUUUCACCCUCUCCUGUUUAGGUAAUGGAAAUCCUCAUGCAUAACAUUUUCUGAACCUUGAAGUUAAGGAUGGAAAGUCCUUGUGGGGCUCUUUUGCUGGUGUUUUAGAUAAUCCAAAUGCAGCCUGAAACGAAUGAAAUAAAUUAAAAUAAAUUAUGCACAGA